AUGGCACAUAUAGAAGUUACACAACGUAAACCAAGUCUCCUAAAGGAGGCUGUCAUUCAAAUUGGUGCAGGGGGUUCAGCAGGCUUCGUAGAAGCUUGUAUAAUGCACCCCAUGGAUCUUAUUAAAACACGUUUUCAAUUACAAGUUAAGAUGGGAUCGCAAGAUGUUCUCUAUUAUACAGGCACUGUAUAAUCUGUAUCAUUGUAUUAUUUGUACACAUUUUUAUUUCAGUAUUAUUAUUUUAUUGUAAUAUUUUUGAAUAUUUUCUUUUAUUUAUCACAAUUUUUUUUAAAUUAUAUUAUUAUUUAUCAUAGGAAUUAGAGAUUGUAUGA